GCCCAUCAGAGGGCUUUCUAAACACGUGCUUCCACCCUUCUGGCAGCCCAGCCCUCUCUCUCUGCAAGGCGUCGCUGGUGAUAGAUCUUGUCUGGAACAGCUUCUGUGCAGGGAGAUCAUCCUCUGCCUUGCCCAAGGUUGGGUUUCACCCAGUUGUGUCCUGUGCCCAUGAGGAAUCCCUGGUGGCUGGGAUCGGCAAGGAUGCAGUCAUUUUCCUUGGAGUCCCAGUGGACAUUUCCCCGACAGUGCAACAGAAUGGAGUACGACACUGCUCCUACUCAGCAUCAAGGAAAAAUCUGUACAUUAACAAAAAUACAAAGGUUAUCUGUCAGGGUUUUACAGGCAAACAGGGCACCUUUCACAGCCAGCAGGCGCUGGACUACGGCACCAAUCUAGUUGGAGGAACUUCUCCAGGGAAAGGGGGAAAAACUCACCUGGGUCUGCCUGUGUUUAAUUCUGUGAAGGAGGCCAAAGAGCAAACCGGUGCUUCUGCCACUGUUAUAUAUGUACCUCCUCCUUUUGCUGCUGCUGCGAUCAAUGAAGCAAUCGAUGCCGAAAUGCCCUUAGUUGUGUGCAUUACCGAAGGUAUUCCCCAGCAGGACAUGGUUCGGGUUAAACACAGACUGCUUCGGCAGGAUAAGACUCGACUAGUGGGCCCCAACUGCCCUGGAGUCAUCAACGAUGGAGAAUGUAAAAUUGGUAUCAUGCCUGGUCACAUUCACAAGAAGGGAAGAAUUGGUAUUGUGUCAAGAUCUGGAACUCUGACAUAUGAAGCUGUUCAUCAGACAACGCAAGUGGGAUUGGGGCAGUCUUUCUGCAUUGGAAUUGGAGGCGAUCCCUUCAAUGGAACUAAUUUUAUUGACUGCCUCGAUGUCUUCCUGAAGGAUCCUCAUACUGAGGGGAUCAUAUUGAUUGGGGAAAUUGGAGGAAAUGCUGAAGAAGAUGCAGCAGCAUUUUUGAAAGAAAAUAAUACUGGUCCAAAUGCCAAGCCAGUGGUGUCAUUCAUAGCCGGUCUGACUGCUCCUCCCGGCAGGCGGAUGGGACAUGCUGGAGCCAUCAUUGCCGGGGGCAAAGGGGGAGCUAAAGAGAAGAUUGCCGCUCUUCAGAGCGCUGGUGUUGUUGUCAGCAUGUCUCCUGCUCAGCUAGGUAGCACCAUCUACAAGGAGUUUGAGAAAAGGAAAUUGCUGUAAGAGAAGAUACUUUGGAUUACUGUCUCCAGAACGUCAGUGCAGCACCUGGCCUCCACUUACCUUUUCUCUGCUAAUCUUCAGUUGCCCAAAUGACUGACACUGGUCUGUGAAUUUGACUUGGAAGCCAUAAACCUCCUGGCUAAACCCUGUAUGAUGUCUCCUUCGUUCAGACGUUAUCACCUUAUUGUAAAUCACAGCAAGUUAAUAAAUCUACUACUAAAUCUGAUUCAUCUUUUGAAUUCCUGAAGCAGAGCCAUUUCUUCAAUCAUCAUAACCAAAAUAAUCUUUUGUAACUUAAGCACUGCCCGUUUUUAAGGUAAAGUCGCUUGUAGAGAUGCUUUUAAGGAUCAAGGCACUGACUUUAUGCACAUAUCACACUUUGCUUUUUUUAAAAAAACUCCAGACUUGUUUGUUGCUGGCAAGU